AUGUCUACGAUACUUAAUUCAUCAGAAGAUAAUAAUUUAAAUCAAAAUCAAAAUGCGUUUGCAACCGUGAAAUCAACUAAUUCGAUAAUUAAUGAAAAUCAUCAACAAAUUGAUUCAAGUUUAACAAAAAAAUUCUUAACAGAACAUCGAGACUUGCCUUCGCCAUCGUCAUGCCAUUUGGGAGGUACAUCGUCGCUUAGCCAAGCUGUUCAUGCUGCGUUAGCAAAUGUCAUUCAAGAUCCAUUAAGUACAGUUACAGGUGGUGAAUCUCAUGGAGGCGGCGAUUCAACAAUAAAUAAUACUAAUCAAUGUGAAAAUUGUUCUAAACUUCGACAACAAUUAACUCUUCUUAUCUAUGAAGUACUUAAUCUUGAAAAUACAAUGGAAUCGAAAAUUUGUGAAUAUGUUCAACGAAGAUUAAGUGAAAUAGCUAUCACAGAACAAUUGACAUCAUCAAAAAUCAACUCAAUAAUAACGACCGAUAAUACUAAAUCAACAACAAUAAAUAAUGAAAAUAUUGAUUUAUCAUCGAAUAGUUCAACAUGUAACUAUACGAUGGCUCAAAAUAAUAAUCAUAUUGUAAUUGAUAGUAAUAAUUCAAAUGGACGAACCAGUAAAAAUCUUGAUUGUAAUCAAUCAACAAUGAGCAAUGCAUUAAAAUAUCGAGCAGAACGAACGCUCACAUUUGAAAAUGUUCUAAUUGGUGAUUCAACAUUGAAAUAUCUUGAUCCAGCUCGAUUUGAUAUCGAAAGAAAAACUUACAUUAAAACAAUGCGUGGUAAACGUGUGGCACAAGCUCUCGAAUUUAUUCAAACAACUCGUUUUAUUGGCACAAAGAAAAUUAUGUUUCAUGUUGGUGCAAAUGAUCUUAAUCGUGAUAAAUUAAGCGAACAAGAAGUUAGUGAACAAAUCAAAGAAUUAAUUGUAACAACCAAAACGUUUAGUCCACAAUCAGAAGUUUAUAUUUCACUUAUUUUUCCUCGGCAAUCCAAUGAUGAAAGUCGAAUAAAAACAGAAAAAUUGAAUUAUUUAUUACAAGGUUCGUUAGAUAGUUUAAUCUGGUUUCUAUUCUUUUUUUCCAUUCAUUUUUCAGCUAUGGCAUCACCUGAAUUGAAAGUUUUCGUCAUUUCUCAUGCAAAUAUUUCACAUGAUAUUCGUGGUUGUUUUGAAGAUUCAACACAUUUAUCAAAAGCAAAAGGUACGAUCUUAUUCGAAGAAAAUAUUAAAAAAGCCAUGAGCUUAAAAGUACUAUCAAAUAAUAAUCAACGAUUGUCCUCUAUGUGUUUUAAUACAAAUAAAUAUCCAACAACAUCACGUCUUCCAAUUGGAUUAAAACUUUCGAAUACAAAUAUAAAUUCGAAUGGUUAUAAUAUGAAUAAUAAUGCUUUAAUAAAUCCGAACAAUCUAGUUAAUAUGAACAUGCUUAAUGCAAAUGCACUAUCAGCAUAUUUAUCAUUGUUAGUCGGUGGAUUUCGAUCUUAA